AUGGCCUCCACAGAUACAACCGCAUUCUUUUCCAGGGCAGACAAAUACCUAAUGAGAACGGGUGUCCCCUACUCCCCGGCUAUUAUGCAAAAGGCCCAAGGCACCAGACUUUACGAUGUCAACAACAGACAGAUCCUGGACUUCACCUCCGGCCAAAUGAGCUCUCUCCUGGGACAUUCUCAUCCGGAGAUCGUCGAGGUAGUCCAGAAGUAUGUCGCAGAGCUUGACCACCUCUUGAGCAACAUGAUUACCUACCCUGUCGUCGAGCUCGCUGAACGCCUAGCCCGUUUCCUUCCAGCGCCCCUAGAGAAGUCCUUCUUUCUAAACACGGGGUCUGAGUCCAUAGAAGCAGCCAUCAAGAUCGCCAAAUGCUAUACUGGCAAAUUUGAAAUCGUCGCUUUCGCCGCAAGCUACCACGGAUUGACUCAGGGGUCGGGCUCCGCGACCUACUCAGCCGGUCGUAAAAGCGGAGGCCCCUGCAUGCCGGGCCAGCUUGCCUUUCCUGCGCCAUAUACUUAUCGCUCGCCUUUCCGUAAGCCCGAUGGAUCGUACGACUGGGAGGCAGAGAUGGACUUUGGCUGGUCAAUGAUUGACCGUCAGAGUGUUGGCUCCCUAGCUGCGUUUAUCAUGGAGCCUAUUCUCUCCACAGGCGGUAUUCUCGAGCUUCCCCAGGGAUAUCUGCAACGCAUGAGCUUGGAAUGCAAGAAGCGCGGUAUGCUGAUCAUUAUGGAUGAAGCUCAAACCGGUGUAGGUCGAACUGGUCAGAUGUUCGCUUUUGAGCAAGACGGAAUUGUACCCGAUAUCCUUGCGUUGUCGAAAACGCUUGGAUGUGGUUUGCCUCUUGCAUCGGUCAGUACAACCGCUGAAAUCGAACGUGGGUGCACCGAAGCCGGCUUCCUAUGGCUCACCACCCAUCUUAACGACCCACUUACCGCUGCAGUGGGCAGUAAGGUCCUUGAGAUCGUCGAGAGGGAUAACAUCUGCCAGCGAGCUGCGGAGCGUGGCGCGCAGUUGCGCGACGGUCUCCUUAAGCUGCAAGAGAAGUAUUGGUGUAUUGGUGAUGUCCGUGGUCGGGGUCUCUUGCAGGGUAUCGAGAUUAUCUCUGAUGCUGAAACCAAGGCCCCUGGGCCAGACCUCGGACAGUUAGUUUCUGAUCGGGCUAUGGCGUGUGGUCUCUCGUGCAAUGUUGUAAAUCUCCCAGGUAUGGGGGGCGUGUUUCGUUUGGCUCCGCCUGUUACCGUUACCGCAGAGGAGAUUGAAGAGGGUCUUAGGAUUCUAGAUGAGGCGUUUGGUUAUGUUUUGAACGAGAAGAGGAAUUAG